CGAGCACCCUAAACAUCAACCACAUUCAGUCUGCUGGCUUUCUUUUCGAGCGACCCCGCACAGUCUAGUCCUAUACCCGCCGAUGCCCUUGGCCGUCGAUACCUACACUCAGCUCCCCGCUGGUCGGCGGUUCUCAGUUCAGUACAACUCCAAGCUCAAGCCGCCUGCGUCCACCGUCAGACCGCGCGCUGCAACCUACUCGAGCUCGACGCGGCCUCGAAUCCCGCCAAGGGCGAGCAACCAGACUGAAUCUCCGGCUACUACUCAACACCUGCGCAAGCCAUCCCUCCCCUCCAGCCUCGGUCCCGAUCGCCCGCAACCACCGCGCGGAAGGCAGACGCAGAGCGAGCUUCUCAGCCCAGGGCGGUCUCCGCAACGCAGGUCCGCGCUCUCGCCCUCUAGCCUUCCUCGCCCUGUCCCCUCUAUAGCUGUCGGCUCCGAGGCGCUACCGAAACCCGAGAACGCUCCUCCCUCCGAUGCCUCGAAUCCUUCUCCGAGCUCUGUCCCUCCGUCUGCGCUGGCGCAGCCAGGAACCCCUCGCUCCUAUGCUCGGAAGAACGCACACACUCGCCAGCAAACUAUCGCAAAGCCAGACCCGAAUGUUCUCGUUCGCCGCCUCGAGGGUCUCCUCCCGCCCAGUGCUCGUGUACACAAUCUAGUCCAGUUCGAUGUCCUGCAAGCGCUUCACGACAAAGAGGAAAUGGAACGGUUCUCCCGCGAGGCCAUCAUUCAGACACUGGAGGAGGGCAGCAACAGUCUAGCGGUCUUUGGUGAAAGCCUUACUCGAGUCUGCCUAUUCGCCUUCACUCGCGAUGGUGCCCGCACCCUCCCCUCUGUCGUCGUCUCGUGCAUGGAAGACCUCAAGAUACGUCAGGUCGAAAGCUCCAUCGUACUCCCCGAUAUUUCUAUCGCCUGCGAUCCUACCCUAAUAGCAAUCUUCAACUCUUCUAGCACAGACUUUGGCAACCAGGCCUUCGGUGCUCUCUCGCAGCAACCCACCGACGCCGUCCUCUCACUUCUCCUGACCUACCUCGACGCGCUUCCAGAACCCUUACUCUUCCCCGGCAUCGCUGAUGGCCUCCUCGUCUGGUGUUUUGACGACUCUUUGGGCAAUGAUCGCAAGGCCACUAUAUCCGUCGCUCAGGUUCUCCUGCGCCUCCUCCCCUCUGCCAACAUCGCGCUGCUCUCGUAUCUCCUGGAAUCUCUCCUCGACUUCGGUCUGGCGAAAGACGCUGCUAUGAACCAGACUUGCAUCACUUUCGGGCGCUGCAUGCUGGGCGGCGUGGAGCGCGAUCAACGCAAGGGCGAAGUCGUUCUCCGAUGGCUGCUCGAGAACUGGACAAGGAUCUCCGCAGGGCUCAUGUCUGACAACGUCGGCAUCAUCAUCGAGGACGACAAGCCCCGGAAGACCUCAUCUUCACCGCCGCUCAAAGAGCUGCACCUCGCGCCUCAAGAGACGCCCCGCAAGUCCUCGUGGACUGGAUCGCUUUUUGGCGGCGCGUUCGGCAGUUUCUCAAAGAAGCUCUUCGACGACGAUGCGAUUGUGUACCCCGGCGUGCUCUGCAGCGACUCGCGCUCGACGUCGACGGGGAGCGCGGAGUCGACGUCUACGUACGCGUCGCGAUCGACGACGGAUUCGGAUGCGUCGGAGACGGGGCCUCCGCCGUAUCCUUGCGAGGUCUGUCGGCAGUGCACGCCGUUCCAGGUUGCGCUUGAUACGCCUCACCUCCUCUCCCUACAUAGCGCGCACGAUAUCUGCCGCCUCCUUUUGCGGCGUGCGCACCGGCCCACGAAGGCGCUCUUCACGUCUGAGGUCCAGCAGGUCGAGUUCCACCUGCCGGACGAUGCCCAGCAGCGCGCAGAGAUGCUCGCGGCGAUGGAGGUGCUGGUGCGCACGCUGAGAGGAGCGGAAGACGUCGGGACGAAAGGGGCACUGCGCGGGCUGGAGAGCACCAUGCCCACCGAUACGGGCGGGGUUGUCCGCCUGGGCUUCUCGGCGAGCGCGACGAUCUCUGUGGAGGGGGACGGAGCGGGGGAUGCGGCGCAGGAAUUGGGCCCAAUGCCCGCAAAUUGGCAGUUGGUGCCGCGGUUGAUGGGGAAGAGGGGUGGGAAUGUGGCGUUGUAA